CUUUUUUUUUUUGAUUGCGCAUAGUAUUUUGCUCGCUUCAUUCAUCUCCUCUCUCCCCGUCUUUUCUUGGUCCUAUAAUCAUGUCCGUCCAAUAAAACCCUAAUUUUAUCUUUCCUUGCGUCGUUUCACUCUCCAUUACAGAGCUGUAGAAUUUAGCUUGAAAAAGGGUGAAGAUUAGGGUUUGUUCUAGAUGUCCUACAAUCAAUCAAGGCCCGACAGAAGCGAGAAUCAAUAUCGUAGAACUGGUCGAUCCACCGGUAACCAUCACCAACAGCAACAACAACAACAGCACCGAUCUUCUUCCGCCGCCGGUUACGGUAAGGGAGCCGGCGCUCCUGCUACUGCGCCUGCCCCUUCCACUUACGCUGAUAAUUCUUCCUUGCCUUCUUCUAAUCGCAGUUUUAAGAAGCCCGGCAAUGCUCAAGGAGCAGGGCAGCCUCGGGUGAAUCUGCCACCUGUGAAUCAUCCUAACAACCACAACAAUGGUCCCAAUGCACACUCUCGCUCUCAAGUUACAGGAGUGUCUGGUGAACCGGUUGUUGGUGGUCCAGCCAAUCCAACUGAAUCAUUCAACAGAAACACUGGACCUAUUCCAAAGGCUCCAACUUCUCAGUCUACCGCCAUGAGUUCCAAAAACAAUGAGACGCCCAACACAGCUAAAGCCUCUGGAGACGCUUCUCAAGCAUUUGCUGUGCAAUUUGGGUCACUUGGUCCUGAUUUGAUGAAGAUUCCUGCUCGAACUAGCUCUGCACCUCCGAAUAUGGAUGAGCAGAAACGUGCACAGAUGCAGCAAGCUUCUUUAAGACCGGCACCAAAUGUGCCAGCUUCUGUACCCAAAAAAGAUUCAUCAAAUAAGGGUGCUGAUAAUCAAUUGAUGAGGAAAGAGGGGCACAAUCCAUCGAGUGAAAAAGCUGAUAUCCAAGUCCCACAUAUAUCCCCUCCAAGUCAAACGCAGAAGUCUCCAAUUACAAAUAUCCGCAUGCCUUCUGUGCAGACACCAUAUCAGCAUGCUCAGGUCCCUCACCCUGUACAUUUUGGUGGGCCGAAUAUGCAUAUGCAGCCUCCCGUGACUGCAACUUCAUUUCAGAUGCCAAUGCCAAUGGCAUUAUCUAUGGGAAAUACCCCUCAAAUCCCGCCGCAGUUGUUUUUUCAGGGUCUCCCAUCACAUCCAUCACAUCCAAUGCAUCAUCAGGGUAUGAUGCAUCAGGCUCAGGGACAUGGUUUUGCAACUCCAAUGGGUGCUCAAAUUCAUCAUCAGUUAGGCCAUGUGGGUGUGGGUUUGAGCCCGCAGUAUCCCCAGCAGCAAGGAGGAAAAUAUGGUGGGACACGCAAGACCACGCCUGUAAAGAUUACACAUCCUGACACACACGAAGAGCUGAGGCUUGAUCGACGCGGUGAACCGUAUUCAGAAGGCGAAUCAGCGGCUUUUAAACCACAUUCUAACCCACCUCCCAGAUCACAGCCAGUCUCAUCACUUGCUCCACGACAAGUCAAUUUGGUGCAACCCUCAUAUAACUCAAAUACCAUGAUAUAUCCUCCGGUUUCUGUACCCUUAAAUAGUGGUCCAAUAUCAUCCGCUCAGGCACCGAGAUACCAUUACCCAGUUAUUGAUGGGUCUCAGAGAGUACAACUUAUCAGCCAACCUGCUCAUACUGCUCCACAGCUUAUCAGACCCGCAGCUCCUGCUUAUGUUUCAUCUGAUUCAGCUUCCUCUGUGAAAGCACGCAAUACCCAAAAUGUAUUGUCAUCUGCUCUACCUGUAAAUGCAAAGGUAUCAGUGAAGCCAGCUGGGGCUUCUGAAAAGCUUGGAUCACCAAAAGCCAGGUCACAUGGAGAAGUUAACAUUUCUCUGUCACAAAAAGACGUGGAGGCAGGUUCAUUGAGCUCUUCACAGCAGCCGAAACCUGGCUUUGUUUCUGGAGUACCAAAUUCGUCUGCUCCGCCAGAGAAGUCAUCUGUGGAGACUGCUCCAGUUGCAACGACUGAAAUCAGAAGAGCAGAAAUGGUGAGUGAGUCGAUCUCAGUUGAAGAUCAGACAUGUAAGGAGGAACCCCCUCAUAAUCCGACUGAGACUAUGCCAGACUCUCUGGUCUCUGAUCCCGAAACAAAAACCGUUGCUGCCAAGGAAAAUUUAUCACUCCCAGCUACCAACGGGUUUAGGAAGCAACUCAUGGAAGUGUCUCCUACAGCUGAUGCUCCAACUUUUGAAUCAGUAGAUACAAAUAUUGACAAAUCUAUGGAAGGGUCAAGCCAUGCCUCAUCUGAGAUUUCUGGUUCUUCACCGCAAGAGAAAGACCUAAAAUGUGAUGAACGGACUGUUUCUGACAGGCUCGUUGAAAGGUCUGUAAUUUCGGAUGAAAAACUCGAAACAAUGUCAGGUGUGCUUGAGAAGGCACAGAAUGAGGUAGAUGGUGCCACAGAAGUCUGUCCUGUCUCUGAAAAAUUAGCUGAAGUUACAGAUGAUACAAGCUCUGACCUUCCACAUUCUACUCAUAUUCUGUCUUCUACUGUUCCUCUUGGACAUUCAGAAACAUUGUCAAAACAUCAUGGUAUAGAAAAUUCUGGUGAUAGUUUGACCUCUGCCCCAGCUACUCUUUCCAAAGAUAAAUCUGCAUUUGAAAUAAACACGAGAAGAAAUACUUCUACAAAAGGAAAGAAGAAGAUAAAAGAAAUUCUUCAAAAAGCAGAUGCUGCAGGGACAACUUCUGAUCUCUAUAUGGCUUACAAAGGGCCUGAGGAAAAGAAAGAGAGCUCAAAUGUUGUUAAUGAUGUUUCGAACCAGAAGCUGGCACCUGCCAUACCUCAGGCUGUUGAAGCCACUGUGGAUGCUGAACCAGUGAAAAAUGAACCAGAAGACUGGGAAGAUGCAGCCGAUGUUUCUACACCAAAGUUGGAAACUGCAGAUAAUUCUGUGAAUGCAAAGAGAGGUUCCUCAGAUGAGGUCAGAGACAGCUGUAGCAAUACAGAAAAGAAGUACUCCCGGGAUUUCCUGCUAAAGUUUGCAGACCUGUGUACUGCUCUCCCUGAGGGAUUUGACGUUUCCCCUGAUAUUGCUAAUGCCUUGAUUUUUGCAUAUAUGGGUGCAUCACAUCAUGAACAUGAUUCAUAUCCUACUCCUGGAAAGGUUAUGGAUCGCCAAGCAAGUGGUGCUCGUUUAGAUCGUCGUCCCAGCAACAUGGCUGUUGAUGAUAGAUGGACGAAGAAUCAGGGUUCUCUUCCAGCAGGAUAUGGCGGUAACCUAGGUUUCCGACCUGGUCAAGGAGGAAACUUGGGAGUUUUAAGAAACCCUCGUAUGCAGGGACCAAUUAUAUCUAGACCGAUGCAACCUGUGGGUCCUAUGGGAGGAAUGGGCAGAAAUACCCCCGACUUAGAAAGGUGGCAACGUGGUUCAAAUUUCCAACAAAAAGGACUUUUUCCUUCUCCGCAUACUCCUAUGCAGGUGAUGCACAAAGCCGAGAGAAAAUACGAAGUGGGUACAGUUACAGAUGAAGAACAAGCAAAACAAAGGCAAUUAAAGGGCAUCCUGAACAAGUUGACCCCACAAAACUUUGAGAAACUGUUUGAGCAAGUUCAAAGUGUCAACAUUGACAACGCUGUUACACUUUCUGGUGUCAUUUCACAGAUAUUUGACAAAGCCUUGAUGGAGCCAACAUUCUGUGAGAUGUAUGCAGAUUUCUGUUUUCAUCUGUCUGGGGCGUUACCUGAUUUUAAUGAGAAUGGUGAAAAGAUUACCUUCAAAAGAUUGCUGCUCAAUAAAUGUCAGGAAGAAUUCGAGAGAGGGGAGAAAGAAGAGGAGGAAGCCAGUAGAGUUGCCGAAGAAGGACAAGUAGAACAAACCGAGGAGGAAAGGGAAGAGAAAAGACUCAAGGUGCGGAGGAGAAUGCUCGGUAAUAUCAGACUUAUUGGUGAGUUGUACAAGAAAAGGAUGUUGACUGAGAAAAUCAUGCACGCAUGCAUCCAGAAGUUGCUCGGGUAUAAUCAAGAUCCACAUGAAGAGAAUAUUGAAGCUCUGUGUAAACUAAUGAGUACGAUAGGAGUUAUGAUCGAUCAUAACAAAGCCAAGUUCCAGAUGGAUGGAUAUUUUGAGAAAAUGAAAAUGCUAUCAUGCAAACAAGAAUUGUCUUCUAGGGUGAGGUUCAUGUUGAUUAAUGCCAUCGAUCUGAGAAAGAACAAAUGGCAGGAGAGAAUGAAGGUUGAAGGGCCGAAAAAAAUUGAGGAAGUGCACAGGGAUGCUGCACAAGAACGCCAAACUCAAGCUAAUAGGCUUUCACGUGGACCCUCGAUGAAUUCGUCAGCAAGAAGAGGGCAUAUGGAGUUUAGUCCUAGGGGAGGAGGAGGAAUGCUAUCACCUCCAAGUGCCCAAAUGGGUGGCUACCAUGGACCACCUCAAGGUCGUGGCUUUAGUAAUCAGGACAUUAGAUUUGAUGAAAGGCCAUCUUAUGAGCCUAGGGUGGUUCCAAUGCCUCAAAGGUCAGUUGGUGAGGAGCCUAUUACCUUGGGUCCGCAAGGUGGUCUUGGUCAGGGAAUGUCUAUUAGAAGGCCUGCAGUAGUGUCAAACACUUUUCAGUCUGAUGCUACUCAGGCCGGUGGUGGAGAUUCUAGGCGACCGGCCGGUGGUUUGAAUGUAUUUGGCUCACAUAGACCUGCAAGUCCUGUUACUCAUGGACGGUCAAGUCCUCAAGAGCGGGGAACAGCUUAUGUUCACAGGGACUUUGCAAGUCUGUCGCGUACUUCUGAUCCAUCACCAGAAGUUUCAUCUGCUAGGCAAGUACUACAAGGGCCAUCAUCUACAGUAAACAGUCCUCGAGAAAAUGCUUUGUCUGAGGAACGGUUACAUAAUAUGUCACUGUCUGCAAUUAAGGAAUAUUACAGUGCCCGAGAUGAGAAUGAGAUUGGUAUGUGCAUGAAAGAUAUGAAUUCGCCAGCUUAUCACCCAACAAUGAUUUCUCUCUGGGUAACUGAUUCGUUUGAGAGAAAAGACAAAGAAAGGGAUCUCUUAGCAAAGCUCCUUGUGAACCUCGUGAAAUCUGCUGACAACGCCUUAACAGAAGUCCAGCUAGUGAAAGGGUUUGAAUCUGUUUUGACAACCCUGGAGGAUGCUGUAAAUGAUGCUCCAAAAGCAGCAGAGUUUCUUGGUAGAAUUGUUGGUAAAAGUGUGACAGAGAAAGUAGUGACAUUGACAGAGAUUGGUCGGUUAAUACGGGAAGGAGGAGAAGAACCAGGAAGUCUGAUAGAGUUUGGAUUAGGCGGUGAUGUUCUUGGGAGUGUUUUGGAGAUGAUAAAGACAGAAGCAGGAGAAGAAGCGUUGGUUGAGAUUCGCCGGAGCUCAGGUCUGAGGAUUGAAGAUUUCAAACCUCAUGCACCUAACCGGUCUAAGAUAUUAGAGAAAUUUACUUAGGAAAAAAAAAAUGGAACCAUCUUUUAGGUUCCUUUCUUCUUUCUUUUUUUUUUUUUCUCUCUCUUUAAAGUCUUUCUCUUUUUAAGUGCUUCAACAAAACUAAUUUGUUAAAAGGGGAGUUUCUCUAUUUUAUUAUAUAGCAAAAACCUUCCAAAAGAUUUCAUUUCUU